GGAAGCACCCUCUUUGGCUUCAGGCCACAAAUGAUGAAUUUGAGGCACUUCUCAAGAACAAGAUAUCCCACCAUGUGUUAGUGUGUUUGGUUCUGCUUUUGAGGUACCAUGAAUCUGACUAUCUGAGGCACUUCAGUCCAACCUGACAGUCCAUCUCGCACGGUGCACGAUCAGAGUCACUAUCCAGUGCACCCCUGCAGCGACUUGCAUUGGGACCGGGAGUCCGGGAGUGGAAGCCUCGUCUCGGCUGUGGAGGCUGGAAGCAAUGCAGGGCAGCAUCGAUCAGCAGUUGAGCACGCAUGGAGGAGGCCGGCCAGCUGCGAGUCAGGCUACAGGCCCAGGCGAGGAAUCAUUUCCCAGAACCGUUUCCUUUUCCUACGGAUUUUAACUAAAAUCAGUGACUCUGAUGUCGUUGUUCAGGGGUGCACCUCCAGCAGCAGCAGGAGGAAUUUCGUUUUUGUGGACUCCAAAGCACAUGACUGGGCUAUUAUUACCAAGUAUAGGAACAACAGAUAUAUGCACACUUGUGAUUGGAUUGGAUGAUACCCCAGGUAUCGAAAGAGGACUCGAAUCUCCAUCAACAUGGAAGUCUCCUUGGUAUAUCGAUAUGCGCAAGCACUUUCAGGUAAGGUCCUUCCCAAAAAAAACCUUAUCAAUUGAGCCAGUCCAUAUGAUAGGUUUGAGAUUGAACUUUUCAAGGUAUGUAAAUCUAUACUUGCUACCUUCUUGACAUUGCCAAGCAUUACUUAACUCUGAAACAAAUUAUGUUCCCAUUUCUGAAUACCUUCCCUUUCUAUUCCACUGAGCUUAUCUGAAGCCUUUGGUCCUUGUGAUCUCUCCAUCUCUUGGACAACAAAGUGCACGAGGGUUGUCUUCCUAUCAGCUCCACACAUAUCUGACAGUUUCAGCAGUGCGUCAAGUCUGAAAACAUUUGUCCCUCCUCUUAUAGUUCCAGCAUUCAUUCUAGCUUACAAGGCUGCAAAUUGUGUUAUCUAAGCAUCUGUGUACACAAUAUCUUUUGAUGACCCAGAAGUGUAUCCUAUUCCAUGACUAACUUUGGGUUACAACUUUCUUCAUUUAGCUAAGUCUGGUGCCACAUCGACGAAAUUUGUUUAUUCGCUGAUAGCCUUUACUAUAUGACUCUAUCGUUUACUUUUAUCUGGAGUUAUUUCUAUACUUGUGCUAGAUGAAGGUUAACAUAUGAGCGCUAUAGCGCCCGAUAGGGCGCUCUCCAUUAUACGAAGGGGGACGGACGACGGCAGGGCACGCUGCGUCGGGUCUGGGUACGGGAAGGUGUGGCGGACCAGGCGCUGUCGCUGAAGGCUCGCCACCACCGGCCCAUAGUCACCUUCGUCGAGGCCAGUGGCUCCACCGUGCUUCCCUCUGAUGCCGCCUCCCUCCAGAUCCGCCGCUUCCCUGCCCCUGCUCGUCGAUUCGGCUCUACUACCCACCACGUCGUCCCUGUGUCAGUCUAGGUUUACCCCUCCUGCUCCUGUGUCAGUCUCAGUUCCUAGCUCUGCAUCUCAAGGCAGCAACAUUUUCAAGACCAGGAUUGAAGAUGCAAACAACGUUGAUGCAGAUGUUGGCGCUGCAACAGCCCAAGCGAA